CCCUAAAACAAAGACAGAGAGAGAACAAAGAAUCAAAGAAAGGGGUGGUGGCUGCUUCGAAAGCUUAAUAAUUUGUUUAUUUCCAGAACAUCAUAGUUUUCGCAGCAGCAAACUAACAAAUUACUCAUAUCAUAUAAUAAGAUGGCCCGUUCUCUCUCGCAAGCCAAACGUAUUGGUGUCCUUGUUGCUCAAUCUAUCUCCCUAAUUCCCGUUCAUCGGCGAGGUUACGCAGUGGCAUCCGAUGUAUCGGUAAGAGUUGGAUUGGGUAAUAUUGGGCGAAGGAAUGGAAUCGUGGGAGGUGUAGAAGAGAAGCCUGAUACAAGAGAUGGUUCAAAAGCCUACUCAACUGAUUGGGCCCCAGACCCAGUAACAGGUUACUAUAGGCCCAUUAACCACACCCCUGAAAUUGACCCGGUGGAGCUUCGGCAUAGGUUGCUCCGAUCACCUCCACUAGAGCCUAGAGGAGUUGCUGGACACCCAUGACAUGCCCAAAUUUUACUUAGGAUUUGGUUUGGUUUGGUUUGGUUUGGUAGGGUAACCUUGUGUUGUUGUUCCAAAAAAUAAAAGGUUUUGUUAAAGUUAAACUACUUCCUAUGUACCCUAGAAUCUACUUUUAAGGUUAUGGUUCUUAUUAUUAGUGCAAUAAAAUUGGUUGAGAUGACUAAUCCUUUGAUUCU